AUGGAGGCUUCUGCUGAACCUGAACACGUGUAUACGUGUCCUUCCUGUGAUAAUAAGCCCGCUGAAAAUGAUAGGGGCAAUUGUCCAUUACUCAUGGCAGCCUAUAUACUUGCUGGUCUUGCUAUGAUGCUCAACAUUCGACUCUCAUAUAGUUCUGCUCCAUAUGCACUCAUUAGAUUCAGGUUACCUGAGAAUCUUUUUAGUGUUUUUGUUAGAAGAAUGGCUAGUUCACUUGAACUCUGGUGUCUACCAGGUUUCAUCAUUGCUGACACAAUGGAACUAGCUAUCAAAUUAGUCAUCGGCACCGAAUUCACCAACUGGAACAACCUAGACUCAAAGAAACUCAAGUUCCAUUGGAUCAUAAUUCCUUCUAUCAUUGCUCAAUGGUUGAAUUUCCUAACAUAUGUAAUUUUAUUUUUUGUAUAUUUGGCUGGUGAUGACCAAGGUCAUCUAACUACAUUUUAUUGGACUAUUGCUGUAUCUGGAUUUGUGUUCGGUAUUAGUAAUCCAUUGGUCUUUGCUGCUGACUAUAAUUAUAUACCCAUCUAUAUUGCUGGUGAAAAUUGUUUUCCAGCACUAACCUCAUUCAUACACUACAUUACAACACUCAUUUUUGGUAAUCGGAGGAAAUGGGAUAGUGACUUCAUAAUAGUAUUUAUUGACAUAUCAGUUGCAAUCAUAAUAUCACUUGUGGCAGCUAUGGUUUGGACUCUAGCGUAUGGAUUCUGCCGUGAUGGCGGUACUACUACUGAUGAGAAUGGUACUAUUACUUAUAUUACUCCUGAUGAUAUUACUGCUGAGAAUAUCAAAAGUAUCAGCGUAACUGAGGGUGGUAAGACAACUACUUAUACUAAGGUUCCUAAGGGUGGUCCUACUGCUCCAGAUAUUCUUACUCUUACUAUUAAAAAGAAGGGUGAGACUGGUGGCACUGCUGCUCCUCCUGCUUAUUUUAAGCAGGGUGAGGCUACUCCUACUGAGGGUCCUGCCAAUACUAUUACUCUUAACUAUACUAAGGAUGGUAAGGAGGUUGCAAUACUUAAUAUUACUAUUACCCCUAAUACUGAUCUUCAGGAUACUGCUGAUACUCCUGAGUGUUCUGUUAAGGUGGAUACUGAGGGUAAGAAACUUACUAUUAACUAUGGUGAUAAGUGUAUUGAAAUAACUCUUACUACUGAAGCUCUUAAGAAUCUUGGUAAUAAGUGCACUGUUAAGGUGGAUCCUCCUCCCAAUCACCUUUUUAUCAAAUAUAAGGAUGCUAAUGGUUCUGUUACGAAGAAAGGUCCUAUUAAUGAGAAUGCUAAGAAGUCUCCUGAGAAAAUUGCUGAGGAAAUUAAGAAAACUGCUAAUGAUGAUAAUAAAUAUUAUCAAGUCACUGAUCGUACAACUAAAAUCCGUUACACUUUUAAACUCACUAAGCAGCUAGGUACUGCUCCAAUAGCUGGUGCUGAUGCUAAAAUUAUUGUUCAUUAUGUUUAUGGUCAUAUACUCGCUGAAGGAUUCGGUAAGAUUACCGAUAUUAAACCAUAUGUGAUUUCACCAUUACUGAUUGUACUUGUUGGUAUGGGAUUAGUAUAUGCAAUUUAUCCUGGAAUCGCACCUGGUAUGAUUGUGCCAUUCUAUCUCAUUGAUAAGAUUGAGAUGGUACUUCUAAUUGCUACAAUAUUUCCACCCGUAAUAAUUGCAAUCCUCAGAAAAGAAGCUCCAGAAUGGUCACCUCAACACUACGUAUUCCACAAACCUGGCGAUGCUAAUAAUGGUUUUCAUGGCUGGACCACAUACAAAUCCCACAUACAGGGAUCAUCAGGAUUCGGAUCAUGCGACUCCAGUGAACCGGAUGUUCAUGCUUGGUUAUGGCACUUCUUUGAUCUCCUUAUGAUCCUUAUGAUUAUCUUAGCCUAUCUAUUUAUAUACUCACUUCACUAUAGAGACUCCAAUAUAUCUCGGUCUAUUGUUAAUCAGCCUAAGAUGUCUACAGCACUCACUAUUAUAUUUUAUAUGUGUCAUGAGAUAUCAUUAGCUGUAGGAUUUCCAGGUAUGGUAUCUAAUGCAGCUGAAUAUACAGUUUUAGCUCAAAUGAUAGGCGCAUUCCUUAUGGUCUUUCUAGCACUUUACAGUGAGGGAUACAUUAUAGAAUAUAAAAGUCAUGAUCCUGCUGAUUGGCCCACAGAAGGAAUGUGGUAUUUAUAUGGAUACUACCAAUUGAACCCUGAUUUUUUUAUUAUGAUAAAGUUUAAUGUUUGUUCUGAUGGAUACUGCGAUUUUAAGUAA